AUGAAAUGUAAGAAUCAUGAAAACUUAAAAUUGGAUGUUUCAAAUCAAAUUCGCGCAUUCAAGAAUAGGUUUGAAACCCUGAAAAGUAAGUUAUUCUUUAUUUACUUCCAAAAACAAUUUUCGAAAUUUUCUUCCAGAUGAAAAUGAUUCUGCUGGAAUGUUUGAAAUAGUUCAAGAAAUAUCGAAAAUGCUGAAAUAUUCUGGAGAGCUUAAAAACCUAUGGAUAUUAGAUUCGUUGAGAAAAUCUAAAUCAUUUUUGUUGAAAUUUUUGAUUUCUAUGAAUUUCCGAUCAGUUAGCGACACAAAAUUCCCAAUUUAUGAUAUAUUUAUGGAAUAUUUCCCGGAAACUGUACGAGUAUUAGGUAAAUAUUUGAAAUAUAUUUAGGUAAAUUAAACAAAAUUUCAGAAAAUCGAUCAUAUGUUAUUGCAUUCGGAAAAAAUCGUUCCUUCAAUCUUGGAAUUCUUUCGGACGGAUGUCCUAUAGAAGAACCACGGAUUGUUCAAAUUCCAACAUGUAAAAAGAUUGUUAUGUCGAAUUUCCACACAAUAUUUCUGACUUUGGAUCAGCGAGUUUAUGGUUGUGGAAAAUCACAGAAUUUUAUUGUCAACAACCAAGAUCUUUCAUAUACUCCUCAACCUAAAUUGAUUGAAAUUGGGGAAGAAUCCGAGUUUCUUGAUGUCGCGGUCACUGAUAAAUUUACUGUUUUAGUAUCAGAAAGAUUUGUGAGUUUAUUUUUUAAAUUUAUAUUUAUUUAUCAAGAAAAAAACAAAAAUUCAGGUGUAUUUCAUUGGACAAUGCUCUUAUGCUUUUUCUUCAAGGGGAGCUACAUUAAUUGAUCAGAACUGUGUUCAAAUACCAUAUUCUAUGAAUACGAAACUGAAGAAUGUUUAUGCUUAUGAAAAAUCAACUGUUUUGGAAUUUGAAAAGGAAGACGUUAAUUAUGAAUCAACUGUGGUUUUUGGCCAGAUUACUAGUUCUGAGAAAUGUGAGAAAGUUUAAUGUUUUAACUUAAAAUAAUAAUUUUUUCAGUUGGCAGACAACAAUGUAGUGUUCGAUUGAGAGAAUCAAUUGAACUUUCGCUUUUCAUGGAAUAUGGAUCUAUUCAAUAUCAACCAGUGAAGACUGCACAUUUAGCAUUGAGGUUAGAAUUUAUGAUUAACUUGAAAUCGAAAAGCGAUAUGAAUCCAAAACAGUUUUUCGUGAAGCCAGGAACAAACGAGAUAAUUGUACAAUUUGAAAAUGGUAUAAUUGCGAAAGGUCAUCUCGAAUUUUUGAAAUUGGAUGAUGAAUAUCUGAUUUCACGAAGAGAAAGGGGAAUUCUGGAUGUUAUGAUGAGAUAUCAGCUUUUUGCGAUUUUAUCGGAGAUUCCUGGAACUUUUGGCAGCAAUGUUUUUUGCGCAUCACCUGAUUUGAAUAAUAUUUUGAUUCAAGUUGGAAAACAUGAUGAAAAUGGUUUGUUUUAUUUUGAAAAAAAUGAAAAAUAUUUUUGUUUAGAGAAAGAAGAGAAAUCACUAGCAGAGCAGCUAAAAAAUGAAAAUGAAUUGUUCUCAAAAAAUAGAAGAGCGAGAUUGAUCGAAAAACAAUUCAAAAAUAUGAUUUGGGAAAGAGAAAAGAUAUUGAAAAUGCGGGAUAUUCGUCGGAAAUUUGAUGCUCUUGAGGAAGAAUUGUGUAGGAGAAUAAUGGAAUUUGAUAAUUUAACUAUGGAAGAUAUCCAAUAUUUUUUAGAAUAUUUACGCAAUAUAGCAGAUUCUAAAUUCAUCAGAGAAUAUGACAUUCCGAUUGAAGAAUUGAUUGAAAUGAUUGAAGUGUUCGAACCGCGAUGGGGUAAGAACUUAUGCCAAAGUAUUCUAAGAUUUAUUAAAAUUUUUGCAGUAUUUUUUGACAAUAUGAGCGAUUAUCGGCGAAAUUGCCUUAUUGAGGAUAUAAAUAAGGCAAGGAGAAAUGAUAAUUUGAAUGAUAUCGAAUUGCGUACAGACAGGUAUUUUUCAAAAAUUGUUUACGUGGGAAAUGUGUGUGUGUUUUUUUUGCUGCCCGACUCUCUGUAGAGCACAAAAAUAA